CGCAGGACGGGCAACAGGCUGCGUUGGCUCCAUAACGGCAGUACAUCAUGGUUCUACUGGCGGUGGUGGCGGCCUGUCUGGUUACCGCAGCGCUGGCGGCCUGCCCCAGCGACCAGUGGCUGACCAACGACGGCAACUGCUACUGGAUAUCCGCCUACAAGGCGUCUUGGGACAACGCGCGAAAGGCCUGCCAAACGAUGGACCCCGCCGCCGACCUGACAUCCAUCAGUCACCUGCUGGAGAACUCGUUCAUCGUGGAAAAGCUGGGCGCUGAGUACGCAUGGAUCGGCCUGAACGACCAUAUGCACAACAGAGAGUUUCUCUGGAGUGACAACUCCGUGGUAGAGUUCCUGUACUGGGCACCGAACCAGCCGGACAACCUGCUGUUCAAGCAGCACUGCGUGCAGAUCUACGAUAAGCUGUCCGGCGAGUGGGACGACGAGGACUGCUCGGUCGAGAAGACGUUCGUCUGCAAGUUGACUGGCGCCGCGUAAAUUGAGCUUGAAGCCACCCUGUUCCUACUCGUGAGAGGUACUUGAAACCUCAGGCCCAGAGGAUGCCGCUGAGUCUGUGACAUAGCUGCCAACGCUCCUCCUUUGGUACGGCCAGAUCGGGAUGUAUUCUUUGUAUUGUACCCGAACACAGAAAUUAACAUGAACUGAUCCUAUGAACCAUGGAAGUUUUGCUUGUGCUUUGGCGUCUUGACGUUUCUUGGCGCCGCGUCCUCCUUCGAUAAAGAUAGCUGAAAGAAGUGGGAGCCAACACAAUACCGACAAAGCCCCAAAUUUCCAACCACGAGGUCGUGAAAUCGAAUAUGUGAGUGUUUGGGCCACAAGCUACCUCCAUGGUGUAGCCGACAGAUGUCAGCCUCGUCACCCAACGGCACAGAGUGCGAGGCCCGGAUUGGGCGCAGUGCCUGACCCGGCUGGUAUGGAAAUGUCAGCUCGCAACGGCAAAAAAGGGUCAGCCUGGCCCAGCUCGACCGUGUCGACACCGUACGGCACCUUCAGCCUUCGGCGGUCAAAUCCUAAAACCAAAGAAGGGAAACCUUCCGUCUGACAUUAUGACCGGAGAUAAGGCUGUCUGAUGACUGGUAGCGUCCAUGUCCGGGGGUAGCGUCGGCGCACGCGCAAAGGUUCUGCGUAUCAUAUGCCUCAAACCCAAAGCCACCCACGCAAAACGUUUUAAAUAAUAACCAAAUGGAGUCACGUUUUUUUCCUGUGCAUUGAGGAGAGGAAACGAAAACACUGGGCUUCUAACAUACGAUGUUCGACGGCCAGACGAAGUUCGGCCCCAGUGG